AUGUUUUCUGCUGUCCUCGUCGCUCUAUUCGGAGUUCCCAAACUGGUUUGGGUGUCUGACAGCGCUGCACUACAAUCACAACAGUCCCCAGCGGCCGACACCUCUCCUCCCAGCACCCAAACAUCCACAAGGCGCACAUGGAACCCGCAGGCAACAGCGGAAGGCAGCAUAGUGGUCUUCACAGUUGUGAACAACCACACCGCUGCCGUUACAACAAGACACACCGAGGGGUGUACGCAGAGCACUAUGAACAGAUGUGCGCCAGGAGUUAUACAUCUCCCCCCCGGUCACGAUGUUCCCAAUGAGGAGUCGGUAGUCUACCAGGACAACCCGGACCGUAGGAUAGAAGUGGGUGAAGAGGUCAGGUUUGGUGUCCCGGCAGGCUACCAUGGCAAGAUGUCGGUUAUCGAUGCCAAUUACCCGCUCACUGGAAACACCGAGACGCUCCUCGAGGGCAGCUAUUUACACCAAGAGGGUGAGUUGAAGCUAGAUUUCGAUAUCAGUAUGGUUGAUGGGUUCUCGGUACCUAUGACGUGUUCGUGCGCUGGUGAGGUUCUGGCUGGCUGUAGCUGGGAUCUUCUACAAGAAAGUCGCUGUCCUGAAAAGGAUCGUGGUGAGGGAUACUGUCGUAAUCCAUUGAGGUUUGACGAGACCGCCGCGGUUGCGACGGAUUUCUUCCGCCCCUGCCAGGCGGCAGCCUACACUUUCCCGCAUGAUGAUAGCGCGAACCUCAAUGGGCAUCCAGCGUGCAACUCAAAAGUCACUUGUUGCAUUGGAUCGGCAUGUGCUCCGCAUAUACGACAGUGUUUGGGAGACAUGGCCAACAAACCGGAGUGCAGACGGUUCUACCACCAUUAA